CCAGGUCCUAGGGGUCCGGUCCAGGGAGGGGCGGGCCGGGUCCGGAACGCUCCCUCCUGAGCUCCCGGGCGCUAGACCGGAGCGUUCCGAGCGGCGCCCCCCGUCGCCGGCGGCUUGGGGACGGCGGCCAGGGCCGGGACCUUGGGCGGUGACAGUGACACAGUAGUGACUGGCGUGAAGCCGCAGGAGCUAGCCUGGUGCGGACGCCGAGGCUCUCAGGUUAUUCCGGGCUGUCCCCCGGCUCCUCCCGCCUGGCGGGCAGUGUUGCCCAGUGGUUAAAGAGCACCCCCGCCGGCGAGGUCUCCGGGACCAGAAACUGGAGCCGAGCAGCCAUGGCCUACCACAGCUUCCUGGUGGAGCCCAUCAGCUGCCAUGCCUGGAAUAAGGACCGCACCCAGAUCGCCAUCUGCCCCAACAACCACGAGGUGCACAUCUAUGAGAAGAGCGGGAACAAGUGGGUCCAGGUGCACGAGCUCAAGGAGCACAACGGGCAGGUGACAGGCAUCGACUGGGCCCCCGAGAGUAACCGCAUUGUGACCUGCGGCACAGACCGCAAUGCCUACGUGUGGACGCUGAAAGGCCGCACGUGGAAGCCCACGCUCGUCAUCCUGCGCAUCAACCGCGCCGCUCGCUGUGUGCGCUGGGCUCCCCAGGAGAACAAGUUUGCUGUGGGCAGUGGCUCCCGUGUCAUCUCCAUCUGCUAUUUUGAGCAGGAAAAUGACUGGUGGGUUUGCAAGCACAUCAAGAAGCCCAUUCGCUCCACCAUCCUCAGCCUGGACUGGCACCCCAACAAUGUGCUCCUGGCUGCCGGCUCCUGCGACUUCAAGUGCCGGAUCUUCUCAGCCUACAUCAAGGAGGUGGAGGAGCGGCCAGCACCCACCCCGUGGGGCUCCAAGAUGCCCUUCGGGGAGCUGAUGUUUGAAUCCAGCAGUAGCUGUGGCUGGGUGCACGGUGUCUGCUUUUCAGCCAGCGGCAGCCGUGUGGCCUGGGUCAGCCAUGACAGCACCGUGUGCCUGGCUGAUGCCGACAAGAAGAUGGCCGUCGCGACUCUGGCCUCUGAAACGCUGCCGUUGCUGGCCCUGACCUUCAUCACAGAAAACAGUCUGGUGGCAGCGGGCCACGACUGCUUCCCGGUGCUGUUCACUUACGACGGCGCCGCGGGGAUGCUGAGCUUCGGUGGGCGGCUGGACGUGCCCAAGCAAAGCUCGCAGCGCGGCUUGACGGCCCGUGAGCGCUUCCAGAACCUCGACAAGAAGGCGAGCUCGGAGGGCAGCGCUGCGGCGAGCGGGGGCCUGGACUCGCUGCACAAGAACAGCGUCAGCCAGAUCUCGGUGCUCAGCGGGGGAAAGGCCAAGUGCUCGCAGUUCUGCACUACAGGCAUGGACGGAGGCAUGAGCAUCUGGGACGUGAAGAGCUUGGAGUCAGCCUUGAAGGAUCUCAAGAUCAAAUGACCUGUGAGGAGUCUGUUGCCCUCAUCCCAGCUGCUGAGGGAAGGGGGUCGGGGAGGCAAAGGAUCGCUUUGCUGAUUGCUUCUAGGGUACCAGUCCGGGUCCCCACGGGCUGCUCCCUCAGGUGGGGAGGGGAGGGGAGGGGUGGGAGGCUUACCUACUGAAGGAACAAUUGCCUUUUUCUUAAAGAAAUGCUUCCAUUUAUUGUAAAAAAUGUCCCCAAAGCACUCUGCUGGUCAUGAACUGCUUCAAAAUGUGGAGGUAAUAAAAAUGCAACUGCAGACACA